CUCAGGCUCAUUCACUCCUCGGGCUUCUAAAGAAACACUUUCCUGCCGCUCGACAGCGUUUUAUCAGGACUUGCUUCUGUGUUUUCUCUCAACAUCACAACACAUUUACCAGUGUGUUACUGGAAUUGGACGACACAAUCACCAACAUACUGAAGAGCGACUGGGUGAGCUGAGGGAUCAUCUCCAGCAAAAGGAUCAAUUUGAAGGAUCUCAUGACAAGUUACAGCAACGGAGGAUUCUUCAACCCUGCCUACCAUGACAGCGAUACUCUGGAAAUUGAUAGAAGGUCUUCCAACAGAACCCACCAUGCUAACCCCUAUGCCAGGGGUGAGAGGGUGGAUGUGUAUAACUCGUACACUGGUCAGACCAGCAGGGAUGAUGCUGUGGGGGGAGUGCCCUGGGGGGGCUGGCAGGAGGAGAGCUGGAGGGGGAGGGAAAGCAUCCCCAUGGGCCUCGUCUCAACGCGCUCUGGGAGUCCUCCAUGGCAGCAUGACCACAAUCACAGUACGUUCCAAAUCCCAGGUGACUCUCAGUACGAUCGAUCACAUCCUGUUCACCUUCCUUCUGCAGCAUCAGGGAACAUGACAAUGAGAUGGAGGGGAAUGACAAUGAGGAGGAUGAGCAUGUUUCCUGACGGUGAUCCGGCCCACCUAGCUCUCACAGAGGAUGCCAUCAGGAGUGAGAUGGAGAACGAGGAACAGAACCUCGUCAAAGAGCUCGUUGCCCUGUCAACAACAGACCGAAUUCGGGCCAUUCGAGACCUUCCAAUGAGCUUUGAAGAGAAGAAACAUAUCAGGAGCCAGGUGCUGGCAUUCAAGUCUUCCAAACAAUCUCGCCAGUUCACAUGUUUUGCAGAUUGCUCUGAGAAUGUGUCACUGUCUUUCCGCAGGUGCGGCUACAGUUUAAGUUCAGCUAGGCAGACCCUGCAGCUGUGGCAAGGCAUCAUGAAAGAGAUCAGUGGCAAGUUUGGCACCAGCGUCCUCUCUUACUUUGUUUUCCUCAAGUGGCUGCUCAUGUUCAACAUUUUCUCCUUCCUGGUCAACUUUGGCUUUAUCACCAUCCCGCUGCUUGUUUACGACCUCACACCCAACAUACCUCCGAAUGUGAGCUUCAGUGGGCUGGAGAUACUGACUGGAGCUGGUUACUUCAACUACACCGUCAUGUACUACGGUGGCUACAGCAAUGAAACCCUGGUGGGUCUGGUGGAGUACAACAUGCAGUUAGCCUACUUCUUCACUAUUGCAGUCUACAUGGUUCUGUGUGGAAUCGCACUUAUCUUCAGCAUGGCCAGCUCAUUCAGGAAAAACUACGUACUAGCAGACUCGACUUCAAACAGCGCGUGGCAGCUUCUGUGCAGCUGGGAUUUUAAUAUUACCAGUGAGAGAGCAGUGAGACAGCGUAAGAACAAUCUACGUGUCCAACUAAAGGAGUCUUUGUCAGAGAAGGCCCAGAGGGAGCUGCUAACCCUCUCUGAAAAGCUGAAGCACUUUGGAGUUCAUCUUGGUUCCUGGCUCCUCUCCACUGGCUUGGCUGUUGGCUGUGGAGCUAGCAUUCAUUACCUCUGCCAAUACGAACAGCAGCAGGCCACAGACACCGCCAGCUGGUCUCUGCUUGAGGAGGCAGAGACUCUCCUGGUUCCCUUUGUGGUGUCUCUGAUGAACCUGGUCGUCCCGCUCUUCUACUCCCUCUUCAACAAGUUUGAGCCCUACUCCAGCCAGCGCAGACAGAUCUAUGCUCUGGUGGUCAGAAAUGUGUUUCUCAAGAUGUCCAUUCUGGCUGUCUUGUGUUAUCACUGGAUGAACGUGGUGGCUAACAAGUUUUCAUGUUGGGAGUCCAUGGUGGGACAGGCUUUGUACCGUCUGGUCAUUUUUGAUUUCCUUUUCCUGAUGUUGGGAUCCUUUUUUGGAGAGUUUCUUAGCAAUGUAAUUGGAACGAGAUUACUACCACGUCUGGGGGUUCCAGAGUUUGACGUAGCCAGAAAUGUCCUCGAACUCAUCUACGCACAGACUCUGGCCUGGAUUGGAAUCUACUUCUCUCCUCUGCUGCCGGCCAUUCAGAUCCUCAAAUUCUUCAUUUUGUUCUACUUAAAGAAGGUCAGCCUGACCCAGAACUGCCAGCCUCCGCGGCGAUCAGGCAGAGCAGCUCAGAUGCAAACCAUCUUCAUCGCCCUCCUCUUCUUCCCUUUCUUUGUGGGAGCCCUGUCCAUGGUUGCAUACACUGCCUGGAGAUUGACUCCCUCAGAGCAGUGCGGUCCUUUUCGGGGACUCAACAGCACCUUCAGUGUGGUUGGAGUGUGGAUGGAUGAUCUGCAGGACAUCCCUGGUUCUCAUUGGGCUGUCUGGAUCUACGAAAAUGUCAUCAGGAGUGAAAUCUUCUACUUUCUCAUCUCACUCAUCAUAAUCGUCAUUAUAUACAUCUUCUGGCAAGUCACUCAGGGCCGCAAGCAGCUUAUUGGUCUACUGAGACAACAGAUUGUUAAUGAAGGGAAAGACAAGUCCUUCUUGUUAGACAAACUCCAGAAUCUUCAGAAAUCUCAUCCUGAUAAAAAAUCCAAAAAGAGGAAUCAAAAAAAGCACACCAAACGGCGUUCAGAUGACAACUCCUCAAGCGGCCAGUCCAACUCAAACGCCAUGGUUCAGGCUUUACUCGCUCGCCAGCAGCUUGAAGAGGAGGAAGAAAGACGUAGUGGUGGUGUGCCCAUUCCCUCUGACAUCUCCACCUCCAGCAGUGUGAUUCAGGCCAUGUGGGCCCGUCAGAGAGCUGAGGACCAAGAUGGAGAUAAAUCAUCCUCCAGCGCCCUCGCGCAGGCCAUGCAGGCCAGGCAGAGGGCCGAGGGUCAGGAGAGUGAUGACUAUUACAGCACGGGUUUUUUUGAAAACCCUCUCAACACAUCCAGCGCUGUCACACGGGCGAUGCAAGCCAGACACAGAGCAGAGGGUGUCACAGAUGAUGCAUGUGAUCAGCCAUCCUCUGUCUCAAGUGUUAUGAUGCAGGUCAUGCAAGCCAGGCAGAGAGCAGAGGCAGAGGACAGGACUCAGAUGGUCCCACCUCCUCCACAAAACCCAGCUCCAGCAGGCUCCAGCGCUCUCAUACAGGCCAUGUUGGCCCGGCAGCAGGCCCAGAAUGAGUAUGAUGACGGUUACUGACCAGAGGGGUCUGACUUCAUCUUACCACGCGGACAGAUGAUUAUAAAGAACAGUGAUUUCAAUGACUGAAAUCACACUUGUCAGGUUAUGAUUUGUGUUGACACUGAUAGAUGAAUCAGUAUCAGUUCUUAGUCCAUAACACUGCAUGAAAAGUGGGACCUUCCUCAGUAAACAGGGCUGUAAAUUGCUGUCCAAGUGCAGGUCAACGACUGUUCAUGACUGAAAAUGUAGCAAUAGUUAUGCGUUUUGAAAUGAAAAUGUAUUAAUAUAUAUGUAGCCUGAGAAGCUUGGCAGUUGACCUCUCAACCCCAUGUCUAGAGGAGGCUUUCACAUGGAAAUGAAAACGCUGUGAGGUCCAGAGGUUACACCAUUUUCUAAAAGACACUAACUCAAUUUUAAUAAAAUCUCUGGAGUACAUAGAUCAAGCUUGGUAUAAUUAUAAACUCAUAAAUUGUAUCUUGAAUAUACCUGCCUUAUAUAUGUAUAUAUGUAUGUAUGUAUUCUGUAAGUGUUUGUAGAAUGAGAUGUAAUUAAGUCUUGCACACCUUUGUACCAUCCUGUCUGAGCUCACAGAUUUCAUGUAGCAUGUAUACUGUCACACAUUCUGACAAACUUUAUAUUGUAAGCAAUUGUAAUGGAGAAUGCUGGUCCAUUUUCUCAAGGAGAAUAAAGUCUGGAAUA